GUCGCCAUUGAGCUGAAAAAGCGUCGCGGUGGUCUCAAGAGGCGAUUUGGGUCGACGGUCCUCACGCAGACGGACAUGGCCUACACUGGCAAGGUGACGGUUGGGAAUCCACCACAGGAGUUCGAGGUGAUCUUCGACACAGGCAGCGGGAAUCUCAUCGUCCCGGGCGUCAAUUGCACCGUCUCUGCCUGCACGCAGCACAGGAGGUUUGAUGAUGCUCAGAGCAAGACAAGCCACGCACACCACUGCGAUGGCGGCGAGGUCGGGUCGAACGAGGUUCCCAAUGACCUUGUGGUCACCUUCGGCACGGGAGAGGUCCGUGGACACUGCUUCCGGGACCGUGUCUGCCUCGGGGAGAAGAUGUGUGCACCCGCCAAGUUCAUCUCAUCCUUCGAGGAGAGCAACGACCCCUUCGAGUGGGUCAGUUUCGAUGGAAUCCUCGGCUUGGGAUUGGACUCUUUGGCGCAGUCGCACGACUUCAGUAUCAUGCAGCGUCUCGAGCGUGGUGACAGCAUCAAGUCACCGCUCUUCGCAUUCUUCUUCGCACGGGCAAAGGAAGAAAAGUCCCAAAUCACUUUCGGCGACAUCCAGAAGGACAAGCUGGGCUCCAAGAUGUAUUGGUUCAAGGUCAGUGGCAAAGCUGGCUACUGGCAGGUCGAGAUCCAGGACAUCUUCCUCGAUGAUAAGGCGCAGAACAUCUGCAAAGGCUGCCACGUGGCCAUCGACACCGGCUCCUCUGAGAUCGCCGGGCCGCAGCACGUCAUCGACCACCUCGCAGACAAGCUGAGCAUCAAGAACUGCAAAGAGAGGGCGAAGCUCCCGAAGCUCGGAUUUGCAAUCAAGGAGCACGGCAGUGGCGGCAAGACGAAGUUGCUCUCGCUCUCGCCGGAGCAUUACACCCACGAUCAGCUACUUUUCUGUCAAAUAGAUAAGUUGAAGGAGUUUUGGAGGGCUUCGGAUAUACGUCCCCCUGGGUUUGCGGGCCGAAGCCAAUGA